GAUGUGAAGGAAACCACAAGUCUUGAGGAUAUAAAAUGAUAUGAAUCUCCAUGAACUCUACUCUUCAUUCACAGAUCACUGCACGUCUUUUCACAACAUUUCAUUAUCAAUCCGCUUUUCUUCGGCUUAUACGAUUUCUUUACUCUCUUGACUCAAUAAAUAUUCAUUCAGUUUUUCCCUCUUUACUAUCCCCAGUAUUUAGAGCAUUUCCUUCCUGGUAUUUGAAAAUGCCACCCCAACAGUCCAAAACACUCCUCGCCCUCCUCCUCUCCCAUGUCCUCACAAUCUCCGCAUCGCCGGCUUUAAUCCCCAUGAAAGUUCGCCAAGAGCUCGCUCCUGUCCCUUCAAACUUCAACCCAGGAACUUUGGCCGUCCAACCUAACAAUGGCGGUGGCACCUCCGACGACUGCGGUAAUGGUCCUAUCACCCUCGAUCGCGAUACAUGGAACAGUCAUAACGUAGACCAAAUAAUCAACGAUAUGUUCUCAUCCCGAAUGUCUGAUCCCAGUUUCGAUUUCCAUCAAGAAUUCGGUAACAAAUAUAACGUGGAUUUCUACUGCCCAAAUAGUUUCGAUAACUGCGAGACUACACCACCUAGUUGUAGCUCAUUAAAUGGAACAGCGACUGAAAAAGAACAGGGUUGGUUGGGUAUUAAGGCCAUGAUGAAUGUGCAGCAAAUGUAUUUGCAGUGGGAGAAGGUGAUGAGUAACUCGAUUGAUACACUUACACAGACGAGUGUGGAUUUUCAAUCUGUAAGUCCUAUGCUACAAAAUCCCAUAAUCCACGAAUUUAACCUAACUCUUUUCCCCUUUAGAAAUUCGCUCCCACCACCCCAGGUGCAAAAAUCAGCGCCAAAAACACCGUGUCGGUCAUAUCCGGUGGUCUCGCCAUCGCUGCCGUAAUCGGAACCUUGUGGAUACCCGGCGCUGCUGCGUUCACACUCCCCGUCCUCGGUACACAAAUCACAGCCGGGAUGCUAACAAUCAGUGCUGGAGUUGGCGCCGGCGUUACUAGUUUGGCAGGCACUAUUACCAAUGAUGUGAAAGAUGAUCAAGAAUCGGAUGAGCUUAGUGUGUUGGAAAUCUCGGAUCUCUUGCCAGUGAUGAAACAGUUGGCGUUGAGUGGUUUGGAGUUUUCACAUAAUGGGACCUUUAGUAAUGGUAUGGUGGAUGGGAAUAGUGUCGGUAAUGUAAGUUCAUCUAUAUCAACGUUUGAUCUAACAGAGUAUCUCUACUCAGAGACAGGAGAGGACUAACAUAAUCAAUAGAUGAAAGAUCUUCUCCUCGGUGGUGCAUUUUCCGGUUCCGAUAUUCUACAAGCUUAUGUCGGCGGUGAAAGUGGUCUCGAUGGAUUAUUUUCCCGCUAUGCAGCUAUCAAACUUCUUCAAGCUUAUUGGGAAGCACAAAAUGCUUUUUUCAUCUAUAUUCCCGAUGUUACAAGUAAUUGUCAAGGUUGGCAUGGAAACACAGGUGGAAAAGGUGAUCCAAGAAGAUAUUGUGGUGAAAAGGGCAUGAUGAUUUUGGCCGGUGUGGACAAUAAUUCGAAGUUCUUAGCACCACAGGGAAUUGACAAUGGAAAGGUGUCUUCAAUUGGAGGAUUUAAUAUCCGUAAGUUGUCUCUCUUCUCCAUGUCCUUUAUUCAUUCCUCUCCCCUUUUCAUGUUGCAGAUUUGAUUUUUAGACUAACCAUAUCUAUCUACAGCCCUUCAAUCCCUCUACCAAAGUACCUAUAACAUCUACACUGGCCACGGUCUCGAUUCCUACAAAGAUCUCCCUUACCAUCUCAACAAUCUAGCACAUGAAUACGUCGGUAACAAUGAUGCGGAUAAAACAUAUACAACUGCGGGUUUCUUCACACUACCAGUUUGUGAAUUGAAGGCAGAUGAUUGGAAACAGAGUGACAAUAUGCAUAAGAGUCCUCCAUGCGAUUGCUGUAAGUAUUUUUUUCUUCUUCCUCUUUUUUGGUGAAUUGGGCAGUUGGAAACUCAGAACGAAGAGGGGAUUUUGGGUAUUAUGGGAUUCGUACUAAUUUGUGGAUAGUUUGUGCACAAGAUGCUUUUGGUCAUAAAUUCAUAGAUUAUGCUUCUCAGCCGAUUAAAACUUGGCUUCAAGGUUGUCCGGCUUGUUCUUAGGCUUUUUUGGGGGGCAUUUUCAUUAUGAUUUUCGGACAUUGAGGUAUUGAGGUUCUGGAGGAGUUUGAUCGUUUAACAAUCUAUCCUGAAACUAAAAGUAGGAUAUGGAAAUGAGGGGAUUCUGGGAGCCUGAGGGUGGUGCAUUUUAGUCUAGUUAGAUUUUGGAGUUUGUCUUCAUCUCUGUCGUUAUUAUAUUCUCAUGAUUUUAUCUAUACCAUAUCUUGAUGAUCUCCCUUGAAAUAUGUUAUCUUUUUUGCUG